GCCUACAGUACUCGUUGUAUUCGCUGGGUUGAACUGAUUCCUCACGUAUCUCUGCACAAGACUCGUCUUCCCCACCCCUUGGCUCCCCAAAACCACAAUCUUAGCUUCGAGCGACUGGGCCAUCUCCUGAUGCCUAAGAUCCGAAUUUCCUUCCCGAUGUAAUCUCUCGACAGCCUUGCACCGCUCAAAAGAAUUCCCCAAGGAACCCAAAUAUGAAGACGAAAAAAAUAAAAUGCAAGCGCGUAUGGGGAAAGGAACCGUCUCGUCUCUAUCGUCGUCGUCGUCGUGGAUAUCGUCUCAAUGUCAUGCCUUGACCUGUCGCGGCCUCAUCAUCUGCGCCAGGAUCCCGGGAAAUAUGCAAGGUCAGUCAGUCAGUCAGUCAGUCAGUUCGUCCGUCGUCUUUGUCGCACGAGCCAGAAACACCGAGAGAGAGAGAGAGGGAUUCUCUUAUGCAUGAGUAGUAGAAAACCCGGCCAUGACC